AUGGCCAGAGGUAGAGGGAAAAGUUUAAUGAGUCAAGUUACGGGAAAAGGUAAGAGUUUAAUGAAAGCUUUGGGUCGGAAGUCGAACAAUCCGGAUGAUCCGGAUCGUAUUGGAGAUCGGGGAGUUCUUGCAUCUAAUUGUAGAAGGAAAGCGACGGCAAGAGAAGAAGCAAAGAGAGCGAGGGGAGAAGCUACUGCAGUCGGAGUCGGGCCUUCUAAUGAUCUUCAAGUCGGUCAUGUUCGUACUCAGUUGCAGUACGCGUCCGAUGAUGACGAGGAGAUGGUGGCUAAUGACGACGGCGAUGAUGAUGAGGAGAUGGUGAAUAAUGAUGACGGCAAUGAUGACCAUGAUGGGAGGGAGCCGACACGUAAAGGUGGUCGUGGCAUAAAUUUUACAAUUUGGGAUGGUCCACCGUAUUUGGAGGGCCCGUGCGAGGGAGGGCUGGAAAAUUUGGAGUUUAUGCGUUGGUUCAAGUCGCAUAUAGCGAUCUAUGUUUGGGAUGGACAUGAACGUCGUGCUAGUGGACGGGUCGAAUCAAGAAAUAUAGCACUGGAAACCUACCUCGGCCCGCAGGAUGACAUGCUGAUUAGCAGGUUGGAGGCAACUGGGCUUUACCACUUACGACAUUGUUGGCUCCCCAAUAUGAAUCAACAAUUAAUGUUAGCGUUCGUCGAGAGGUGGCAGCCGGAGACGAACAGCUUCCACAUGCCGUGCGGAGAGAUGACGAUCACGCUCCACGACGUUGCUGUCAUCAUGGGGUUGCGAGUGGACGGACCGUUAGUGGCAGAAGUUUCCCAAGCAUUAGAGUGUUCCCAAAGUCUUGCAUCUCUGUUGGGGCUCGGGGUUAUGACUACGACUGACAUGUUUUGA